GUUAAAUGGCCGGUCGUCUCGUUCAGGUUGCACGUUCCUCUCUCCGGUCCACCACCACACCCCUUUCAUACCGCUCUUUCAUUCGCACUUUCACCUCAUCGUCUCCAAGAAUGGGUGUCGAGGUCAAGAACAUCGCUGACGGUGACGGCAAGAACUUCCCCAAGAAGGGCGGUACUGUGACCAUGCACUAUGUCGGCACCCUCGCCAAUGGCACCAAGUUCGACUCUUCCCGUGACCGCGGCAAGCCCUUCGUCACCGAGAUCGGUAUUGGUCGUGUCAUCAAAGGCUGGGAUGAGGGCGUGCCUCAGCUGUCCCUCGGCCAGAAGGCAAUCCUCGUUUGCUCGGCUGACUACGCUUACGGCCCCCGUGGCGUUCCUGGUGCCAUCCCUCCGAACGCCACCCUCAACUUCGAGGUUGAGCUGCUCAAGAUCAACUAAAAGAGCGGCGUUGCAUUGCAUGAACUCUCACAAGAUACAGCUGGGGAUCUCUAUUGGGAAGACCCUGGUAUAGCAUGUAGUAGUGAAGAAUAAGAAAUCAGCGACCGUGUCAAUGAAAGAAGCUAACGAGCGAUGGAGGCCACUUCUUCCUCGUGUUGUUC